AUGACUUUUCGAUCAAGAUAAAGCCAGCCGACGUUGAUCUUUGAGCAGACCCCAUCGCGACUGUCUUUCAUCUCAUCUCAUCACAUCACAUCGCAUCAGCACCCCAUCACUCUAAAACAACCACCACAACCACCUUGAACACUCUCUCACUAUGGCUUCCUACCUCAUGACGCCCCCCACCGUUCCCCGCAAGCGUUCCCGCCAGAGUGCCAACGCCUCCUUCGAGCCCCUCCUCGCCACUCCCGAGCUCGUCAAGUCGCCAUCCAACGCCUCGUUCGAGUCGGCCGAGCCGUGCACGCCGAGAAGCCAGCGCUUCACCCCGCUCCCUCCCCCCACCCCGCGCUUCACUCGCACCCAGACCCCGCAGACUAAGGCCGUCGUGCCCCCAUCCCCCAGCCCCGCCGCCCGCUUCCGCAAGGCCUACCUCGACUCGGCCUCGGCCUCGGACCCCAUCACCCCACCAAAGAUGCACAUUCUCGCCGUAGCUCCCCCAGCAACACCACUACACCAGCAGCGCCGCGCCCUCACCCCGCACUCCCCGAGCCCCGUGACGGCCGCGCCCUCCGCACUUGCGUCCGCCCCGUCCUCGGACGACCUCCCAUUCCGUGUGCGCCCAUUCGCCCGUGCCUCAGUGCAGCGUGCCUCGGCCGCUCUGCAGGACCUCAUGUUCGACGCGGACCCGUUCCUUGACAUGGACAUGGACGUCGACGAGGCCUUCGGCCCUGUCUUCACCACGCCCAAGAAGGCCGCACACACCCCCGAGCCCGAACUGCCUUGCACCCCGCCCCGGCAGGUUCGCCGCGGUCUCCCUCGCUCCCCACGCCACUGGAACCUCGCCUCGGCCGUCCGCGCCUAAACACCUUUUCUCUCAUCAUGGUUGUAUGUGCAUAGCGUCCGCGGGCGGAGCUGUCUUUUGUUUGGGAAUUUUGGGCUUUUUGGGCAUUGUAGUGGCAUCAUUACCAUCUAUCUAUCAUCACGAAUAAUGCAUGUUGUGGAC